AUGGGCGUGCCCGACAGCGUGACAUCACCUCUAGGCACUGACUUGGCUAACAACGCCUGGGAGUUCCGCUGGCUCACAGCCAGCACCUGUCACCUAUUUUCGCUUCGCUCUGCCUGCUCUCCGAACAUCGUGGCGGGAGAGUUCGCCGACUCGCUGCGUCGAGUCCUGAAAACAGAAAGCUGUGCCAUGGAGUACCCAGCACACUCUGAUCGGGUGCCAAACAUUUGCAGUAGUUUGGAGUGAAGAGGACAAUGGUGAAGUUAUUUUUUUGGGGGGAUAUCUAUGACUCUGCGGUUUGAGUGUCAGUUACUCAAUUUGGGGGGCCGCUGCAGAACGUGGGGUUCGUGGUGCAAAAGGGUGCAAAACGAUUACAAAAGUUUGGCACCGGUUUGAAGUGAAUUGGAGAAUGUUGAGGUUUUUUUUGGGGGGAUAACGACGCCCCCCCAGUUUGAGUAUGUUACUCAGUUUGUGGGCUGCUGCAAAACACGGGAUUUGUGGUACAAAAGAGUCAGAACAAGUGCAAAGGUUUAGCACCAGUUUGGAGUGAAUCAGACAAUGUGGGGUUUUUUUUGGGGGGGGGGGGAGGAUACCUCAACCUUGGUUUGAGCCUCAAUUACUCUGUUUGGGGGUUGCUGCGAAAUGGUGCAAAAGCGUAAUCGCAGUUGCCCCGAUCCGGAGGAGUCGAUCCCCGACACACACCUGACUCCGCAACCUAAGCCGCAGUGUCGAAGCAAAGAAGUCGCUGUGUCCUUACCUGUUCCCAUCGUAAUUCUGUCGCGAUGUCUCGGGGUUCAAGAUGCACGUCCUCUUCGUUCCCCGGAGCAGAUCUGUGUGUUUUGGAUCCUCCAUGGCCCAGGUAUUUAUACCUGCGCAGCUUUCUGUUUUCAGGACACAAAACAGUGAGCUGGGGAACUCGACCAUUCGAAUGGUGUUGGGGAACUAUCGCAACAUGAUGUUCCGAAACACUCGAAGGAAAGUGAAAAAAGUCGACAGGUGCUGGCUGUGAGCCAGAGAAAUUCCCAGGUCAUCUUGGCUGAGUGUCUAGAGGUGAUGUCAUGCUUGGCACACAAGAGGCCUUCUACCCUGGCAGAAGGAGGAGAAAUAAGCGUGCCCAUCAGCCCUGGGAUUUUGCAACUCAGAUCAGAACGGGCAACCGGCGGCUGGCUUGGGCAGGUGUUUCUUUUCCGGUCCCCUUGGGGUGAUUUGGAAACAGGUUGUGGGGCAGCACCCUCACUUAUUUCUUUUGCUCUAGGGGGAAGAAAGCUCAGUGGAGCAGAGAGGUGUGUGGGUGUGAGAGGUUUGUGGCUGUGUGCCCUUGCGCUUUCAUGCGACGCGAUUGUGGAACUGCUGAGCUUGUGGUGGAGAGGUGGAAAAGGAAAGCCGUCUGAGAGCCUGGUUCGCGGGGAACUUCCUAGGGAAUCGAGAGGUGAAGCGCCGGACUUUGAGCUCUGACCUUUGAAAUGCUUUUGGUUUUUCCUUCCUGUUUUCUUUUUCUACUCCUGACUGGCGACUGAGCUCGAGGGAGCCAGGACUGCGUUUCUCAUGUGAUGUCUUGCGGCCUUUGAACAUUAUGAAGGUUUGCUUUAUGCCUGGCAGCCUGAAGGUACGUAACCUGACGCUUUAUUCUGCCUUGGUCAGACCUCCUCCCAGUUCUGGGUACCCCAGUUUAAGAAGGAUAUCGACAAGCUGGAAGGUGUGCAGAGGAGAGCAGCCAGAAUGAUGACGGGGAUGAAGCCAAGCCUGAUGAGGAACGGUUGAGGGAGUUGGGUCUCUUUAUCCUGGAAAAGAAGAAACGAUAUGAGAGCCAUCUUCAAAGGGCUGUUGAUGAUGCAAGCUUGAUGCAUCAGAGACGAUGACCUAAAGCAAAUGAUUCAAAUGACAAGGAAGGAGUUUCCGACUAAACAUUCGGAAGAACUUUCUCUUUGACAGUGGAAGCUAGUGGAGUCUCCUUCAUUAGAGGUUUUUAAGCAGAGGUUGAAAGUUGGGAUUCUUCAGCUGUGCCUUGCAGGGGGUGAGACUAGAUGGCCCCUGGGGUCCCUUCAAACUCUACAAACUCACGUUUCUAUUAUUUUUAUUUUUGUUAUUAGUUACCUGUCUUUCAGCCUAAGCUCCCAGGGUGCACUGCAGCAUUAGAACACAAAGCCAAGCGGAUAAAAUAAAACAAGAGAGCAAGAAAUCUGGAAUCUCUAUGCAGUGUUUCUAGAAAGACAGUUGUUUUCUGGGUGUCCCUAGGACAUAAAUAGCUUCACAGCUUUCUGAAGCUGUCAAAAGCACAGCCAAGGAUUUCGGGGGGGGGGUGUAUUUUUUUCUUUUUGCUUGAACAUGAGCAAGUAUUCAAACCGCAAGCCCUGUUUUUUAAUUCCUUGCAGAGGCAAGAACGGCUGUUUUGUCUCUCCGUUCCUUCCACUCUGUCUCCCCCGGUUUCAUUGCAGAAGCAGAUUCUGGUUUAUUAAAAACCAGGCAAUUUCUCCAACAGCUCUCAAGAGAGGGAGGGAGGGAGGGAGUGAGUGAGUGGGAAGCAUGAAUCGGAGAGGUCCAGAGUCCACAUCGGCACUUGCAAUUACGGAACCAGCCGUGGUAAUUAGGCCGGCUUAAUUAAUACGGAGCGGGGCAGUGGAACCGGGAGAGCUUAAACUUGCCCGGCUUAUUUGUUUUAUAAAGGACACAUUAUGUAUUUAUUUGUUUUUAUUAUUAUUUACACACACACACUUAUAGAGUGACAAGUAUAAAAGCAGACGCCGUAUAAAUUCAAAGCAGAGAGGGAUAUCCGGAAGUUGAAUCACAGCAGCAAAUUUCCAUGCCAAAAUCAAACGUCAUAAAUCAAUAUCGCAAGGUUCCGAGUAACAGAAAUGGCUUGACGUUAUCCUGUCCCUUAUUGCUCCAGUUACAUUAUAAAAAGGCUUUGUUUCUCGAUAAAGACCUAAUCUUGUUUGCCUGCCUGCUCUACUCCUCACCAUACAUAGAUGCUUCGCGCAAUGUCCCAGAUUUCAGUCAUCUAUUCUCUUAUGCACAGAGCCUCUCAUUUCCCCCUCCAGUUUUGACAAAUAGUAAUUCUGGCAGCAGUUAAGAGAUGGCACAUUAAAACCCUGUCCUCCAUUAGCACAGUUUUUUUAGCCUAGCCAAAGAGUAAAAUUAGAAGAUCCAUAAUUAUUUUCGUUUUGUUCUGUAUUCCAUGCACCCGCUUUCUCUAAGAGGCUCAGAGAACAACCGCAGGAGGGAGGUCAGGCAGGGUGAGAGUGAAAGUGAUCAGCAAAAAGGAGAAGGAAGUCUCCCCAGACAGUGGAAACUGAAAGAUGAAGGAUCUGAUGCCUCAAUGGAGCCGUCUAUUUUCUCCCCCCCAAAAAAAUUAGCCUCCAACAUUUUUUGGGGGGGGGGGGGAGGGGAGAAGGCUAUUUGGGCUCCACUUUGGAAACUCAUGGGAUGGACCUGAGAGUGAUGCCAUUGUUCGACUCAAGAGCCAUGGGAUUUCUACAAAAACAGUUUUGCGCCUGUCUAUUGGGGGAGAUAGGAAGCCCUGAACACAUAAGUAAGCUCACAGUCUGAACACCCCGUAUAUACCGUAUUUUUCGCUCUAUAAGACGCACCAGACCACAAGACGCACCUGGUUUUUGGAGGAAGAGAACAAGAAAAAAAAUAUUCUGAAUCUCAGAAGCCAGAACAGCAAGAGGGAUCGCUGCGCAGUGAAAGCAGCAAUCCCUCUUGCUGUUCUGGCUUCUGGGAUAGCUGUGCAGCCUGCAUUCGCUCCAUAAGACGCACACCCAUUUCCCCUUACUUUUUAGGAGGGAAAAAGUGAGUCUUAUAGAGCAAAAAAUACGGUAAUAAAGGAGAUGAUAUUGGCAGGAGGGGAAAGAGGAGGGUGGCAGGGCAGCUGGUGAGCUCAGUGGUGAGAGAGCCCAGUUGCAGGGUUGGUAGAAAGAAGUCUGCAGCCCACAGACUCAAGUUGCUAUUGCUGCUGGAGGGGCAAAAGGAGGACAGGGAAGUAUCAAGAGGCAGGGAGUUCCAAAGGAGAGGUGCUGCGCCACCAAAAGGUAGAUUUACUACGAAUGCAGCAUGUGCUUAUACAGGAAGAGAGAGAAAGAAUAUUAUGCAGCCACCAGAAGAAUAAGCACAUGGGUAGAUUUUAAACAGACACAUACAGGGGGAGAAAAAGGAAUGUAUUUCACACAAAAUGCAAUUCCUGGGAAAUACUGACCAGCCAGGUUGCACUUUCCUUGUUAAGUAAAGCUUAAAGUAAAGGUAAAGGUACCCCUGCCCAAAUAAAGCUUACUCGAGAGUAAAUUUACCCACUGAAGCACAGAAGUAAGAAAAAGCCUCAAAGAGAUAGAAACUAAAGGGGUAAAAGACCCAUUUACCAAGGGAGGCCAGGGAUCCUGGCCGAUCUUACAGAAACUGAUAUUAUCAGGCUUCCCAUAACUCCCUUAGCCAACCCAAUCCAAGCUAAAACCUACACCCAGAUACACAGUCACUGCCCAUGGAAGUUCUACUUUUGAAAAACAAAUUACUCCCCCCCCCCAACUGGAAGGGAUGCUCGUUUUUCCUUUGGUCAUACAUUCACAAUACUUCUUAGGAUUCCUCACAAGGCCUUUUACUUCAUGAGGAGACCUGCUUAAGGCUAAAGGAACGUCAGGCACUACAUUUAACUUAUAAGAGCCAUUUUGCUCAGCUAGACUAUUUGCAGAGGAAAUUUACGUAUUCCAGGAGGCUACUUCGCAGCAUAUUGUAAAAGGAGACUAGAACAUUGCUGUAGGUAAGUUCUCUCAGAAACUCCCAAGUUUCAACAAUUAUUUUUUUAAAAACAAAAAAAUCAAAGUUACAAAUGUUCUUCCUCCCUUAAGCUGUAGAGGGAAGGGGGGAAGUUUCCCCUCUCAGACCACAGGCAUACACGUACAAAUGAUUUUUUUACUACUUGGAAAGAGAUUCUCCCUUUCUAGACUCCCUCAAAUAACAAACAUUUGGACACCUCAUUCCCCCCCCCCCAAUAUUUGCCAUGUUUGAUCAGGCCCAACACGGCUUCUUUAAACUAAUAUUUUGAAGCAAGCUUGCAAUUUAAAACUCUGUGCAUGUAAGAUAGCAGCCAUAGGAUGUUACCUGUGAAGCCAAUUUAAACACACACACAAACACUUCUAGACCUUUGAGUACAAAAAUUAUUUGCUCCAAGGGAAACAAAGAUUUCCAGCAAGUGGAUUUUUUUUUUAUUUUUUUUUUUGCUGCCUUCUGAGCACAUUAGGUUUACAGUUUCAUGUCCUGGCAUUCUCUUCCUGUUAUGUACUGAAGUUCUCACCCUGGGCCAGCAGGGGGAUACCGUAGAUAGUUAUGCAAAUGAAGGAUCGAAAGUGACGUUCCGUGAUUGGAUAGUUUUAGAAAAUGGCAACAGUUACAUUGUUCUGGAGCUCUAUAUAAGCAGGUUGUCUGAGCUCCUCAGUUCAGUUCUGUUCCAGCUUACAAAUAAAGAGCUGCUUUGGAAGAAUCGCUGUGUCGUCUGAUAUGUUCGCCCACGACUUAACACUUCCAGUUUAACGACGCAAACUGAAAAGGCAAAUCUGAGGUGGAGGCUUAUGAAAAGCUUUCCUAUCAGGGCGAACCCCGCCACUAUACUUUGAACAAAGGGUACCCAGGAUAACUAGAACCAAGUAGCACUAAUAGGAAAUAAAUAAUAACAAAAAAAAAAACCCUAAAAGGACUCGCUAUAGAAAAUUUAAGACCCGGGGUUCAGCUGGGAGUCACAGGUUUCUGAGCUGAGCUCCCUUGCAGAUGCAAUGCCUUUGCAAAGAUGUUGCUGUUAUAAGAAAAAAACGGUUCCUUUCCCCCAUAUGGGGUACCCUAGAGCCCUUAUAGAGUCCUUAUGUAGGUUCUCUAUCGGUAGGAGAAAAUAACAGAGGCCAACCAGAGAAUAUUGAGAAGCAAAGCAGCUAGUAAGCCUGGUCUUAUUAACUGUUGCAACAGGGUCCCCACUCAUCACACGCAGGAGGAGAGAGGAGGAACCCAGAACAAUGGUGUGCAAGCCCUAUAGUCUUUUGAAAUUGCCCACCCUGUAGCUCAAGACGCCCCCCCCCAACCCCCAUCAUACAUAUAUCACAGAAGGGGGUGGUCUACAGCAGAAAUCCUGUUUGCCAGGAUAUCUGUUAAUGGUCGCUGAUUGCUUUACCUGGGCAGCCUGGCCAUUCUUUUGUGAUGGUAAAUAGUUCCUGAAUGCAGAUCACGUUGUUGUUGUUGUUGUUGUUGUUGUUGUUGUUGUUGUUGUCGUCGUUUUCGUUUAGUCGUGUCCGACUCUUCGUGACCCCCUGGACCAGAGCACGCCAGGCACUCCUGUCUUCCACUGCCUCCCGCAGUUUGGUCAAACUCAUGCUGGUAGCUUCGAGAACACCGUCCCACCAUCUCGUCCUCUGUCGUCCCCUUCUCCUUGUGCCCUCCAUCUUUCCCAACCUCAGGGUCUUUUCCAGGGAGUCUCCUCUUCUCAUGAGGUGGCCAAAGUCUUGGAGCCUCAGCUUCAGGAUCUGUCCUUCCAGUGAGCACUCAGGGCUGAUUUCAGGGCUGAAUCCGGGUCACAGGCUCACCCUAUUCAUACCCAAAUGUGCCCUUAAGGCAGGAUCUGUGAGCACAGAGACAAUGGGGAGGCUUUUCGCAUUUUCAUCCAAACUGCAGAGGAAUAUUUGAGGUCACUGAAAGAGUCAAAAUGGCUUCAGGAUUGUUCUCCCAUACUAUUUAAGACACGUGGUUUAUAUAUUUAUGUAUGUGUUUGCCUGGUGGGAUGCGGGUGGUGCUGUGGGUUAAACCACAGAGCCUAGGACUUGCCGAUCAGGUCGGCGGUUCGAAUCCCCGCGACGGGGUGAGCUCCCGUUCCUCAGUCCCUGCUCCUGCCAACCUAGCAGUUCAAAAGCACGAAGUGCAAGUAGAUAAAUAGGUACCACUCUGGUGGGAAGUAACAGCAUUAAUAUGAGAAUUAUAAGGUCUAAGAUAUAAAAUGAAGGUUCAUAAAUGUAUCAGGCAAAAGGUAAAGGGACCCCUGACCAUUAGGUCCAGUCGUGGCCGACUCUGGGGUUGCGGCGCUCAUCUCGCUUUAUUGGCCGAGGGAGCUGGCGUACAGCUUCCGGAUCAUGCGGCCAGCAUGACUAAGCCGCUUCUGGUGAACCAGAGCAGUGCACGGAAAAGCCGUUUACCUUCCCGCUGGAGCGGCACCUAUUUAUCUACUUGCACUUUGACGUGCUUUCGAACUGCUAGGUUGGCAGAAGCAGGGACCGAGCAACGCGAGCUCACCCCAUAGCGGGGAUUCGAACCGCCAGCCUAUGAUCGGCAAGCUCUAGGCUCUGUGGUUUAACCCAAAUUAUGCUCCAAAUCCCUCUCCCAGUGUCUCAUGACAGAUUUAACCUGCGUUCAUCCUUUGUGUGCCAUUCCAGAAGCAAUUUAUACAUUUUCGACAGGAGUUUUAUAUUAUUUGUGAGUGAGUGGUUUGUUAAUGUGCAGAGGAGACUCUUUGUCUUUUUCUGCUGGUGUGGAGAGGCAAGGGAUGGGGGGGGGGUCUCUCACCCCACUUCCAAUUUCCUCGUAACACCUGUAACAGAGCCAGUUCCAUCGAUCCAGUGGUCACAUGUGGGGGAAGGGAUACUUGUAGGCAAACUGGUCCCAAGGUAAGGACUUAAUAUAUCAACAGUACUUUAUUUUCAAAUAACCUUGAACUUGGCCUGGCGGAAAACCGGCAACCCUUGUAAGCCUCUGAGCUCAGAGGUUUACGUGCUGACAAGGCCUCGCUCCCGUCAGCAGUCCUGCUGCAGCAUUUAAUUGGCUAUAUCCAGCGUUCAAUUGGUGAUGGUUCUGCUUUCCCUGCUGGGAUGGAGAGAGGCACUUGUGGGAUUUUUCUCCAGGACCAAAAUAACUUAACUGGCUUGGUCCGUGCCUUGGCGUGGUGUUGUUGUCGGAGAUUUGCUUCUCAGCCUGAAGCAGGGAAAUACCUCGGGACGACUCUGUCUGCGUCACCCGUCACCAGAGGCUCCUCUUUGCAUCUGUGCCGUUUUCCUUUAUCCUGAAAGAGCCCUUUCCUCUGCUGAUUUGAAAGCCAAGCGUGUCAAAAUAUUCACUGGGUGCAAAUCCAUCAAUAAACUCUUUGUUUCUUCAAAGAAACCACCUCAGAUUCUGCUGAAGUGUGCAAAACGGCAGGCUGUGUGUAAACCAUGGGUAGGCAACCUAAGGCCCGGGGGCCGGAUCCAGCCAAUCGCUUUCUAAAUCCGGCCCGCGGACGGUUCAGGAAUCAGUGUGUUUUUACAUGAGUAGAAUGUGUGCUUUUAUUUAAAAUGCAUCUCUGGGUUAUUUGUGGGGCAUAGGAAUUCAUUCAUUUCCCCCCCUCAAAAUAUAGUCCGGCCCCCCACAAGGUCUGAGGGACAGUGGACCAGCCCCCUGCUGAAAAAGUUUGCUGACCCCUGGUGUAAACCUAAGUGCUCAUGCACAGGGUGCUUAUCUGUGGGUGUGCGCUGGAUGAUGAAUGCACCCAUUUCCCUGCUUGGAGACUGAGGUUGGGAAGGUGCCAGGAAGGGUGACCAGAAGGAUCAGGGGAAAGGUGUUAAGUUGUGGGUGAACAUAUCAGAUGACACAGUGAUUCUUCAAACAGCUCUUGAUUAUUCACAGGCCAGAACAGAACUGAACUGAAGGGUUCAGCCAGCCUGCUUAUAUAGAGCUCCACUACAACGCAACUGUAACAACUUUCUGUAACUAUCCAAUCACCGAAUGUCACUUUCAAUCCCUUAUUUGCAUAUGUGGACCUGAGUGAAAACUAUCUACAGUAUUCCCCUGCUGGCCCAGGGUGAGAACUUCAGUACAUAACAGAAGGAAAGUCUGCAAUCUUUAGUUUAGAUAAAAGAGGAGUAAGGGGAGGCAUGACAGAGUUGUAUAAAGUUAUGCAUGGUGCUGGGAAAAGAGGAUAGGGAGAGGUUUUUCUCUCCCAAACCAUAGAAUUGUCAAGUUGAAAGGGACUCCUGAGGGUCAUCUAUUGCAACCCCCUGCAAGAAUCUCAACUAAAGUAAAGAAGACCAUCCAAUAGAAAGUUCUUCUGAAUGUUUAGUCAGAAUCUCCUUUUUUGUUAUUUGAAUCCAUUGGAUUGGGUUCUCCGGCGGAAAACAAGCUUACUCAUAUCUCCUCUCGGUCUCCUCUUCUCCAGGCUAAACAUAUCCAACUCCUUCAACCGUUCCUCAUCAGGCUUGGCUUCCAGACCUUUGGUCAUCUCGGUCGCCCUCCUCUGCCCACUUUCCAGCUUGUCAACAUCCUUCUUAAACUGGGGUGCCCAGAACUGGGCACAGUACAAAUUCAGGGCAUAGCUGUCAACUGUCCCUUAUUUGGCGGGAAACCCCCUUAUCCCAGCGCUGUGUCCCACUGCUGUCCCUUAUUGAUAAUGUCCCUUAAAUUUCCCGGGUUUCAAAGGAAGCAGCUCCUCUCCCUCCCUCCCUCCCUGCUGGCCAGGGAGGAGGGAGGCUCCACCUGUGUUGCUUGGCUGCGCUGCUCACCCAAUAAGGAGUCUAAGAAUGACUGGGGGGUGGAGCUUGCAUGCCUUGUGCCGAUCAAAUCGGCCGCAUUGCCUGGGGAUUCGCCUUUGCUCAGCGCUUCCCAGCGGAGAGGUGACGGUGGUUUCCCUUGCUGCAUCCCCUUUGCCGGGUUGCUGCGCUGUGGGAACCACCGCUUGAGGCUUCCUUUGGCUGCUGGCUGGGCUUUCUGCCUUUGGCUUGGAGGGGCUCAGAAGUUGAACAUACCUGUGCUUGGAAAAUCCCUUAUUUUCGAGGCUGCUGGUCCCUUAUUUUCAAAUCUGUAAGUUGACAGCUAUGAUUCAGGGCCAUCCAGUGAAGGCGAAUGAUGGAAGAUUCAGGACAAGGGGAAAAUAAGUACUUCUCCACACAGCGCAUAGUUAAAAUAUGGAACUUGCUCCCUUUCUUUACAGGCCCAAAAGCACCGGGCUCCCAUGCUAUGAUUAAAAAUAUGAGACUUCCUUUCCAAUGACUAUCAUUAUUAUUAUUUAUCAGAUCCGUAUACCACCCUUCAUCUGACAAUCACAAGGCAGUUCACAAUGCAAAAACAAAAAAUGCAAACGCAAAAUAAAAAAGGAAAACAAACCAAUGCCUGGAUAGCUCAGCUGGUUAGAGUGUGGUGCUGAUAAUGCCAAAGUUGCAGGUUUGAUCCCCGUAUGGGGCAGCUGCAUAUUCCUGCCUUGUAGGGGGUUGGACUAGAUGAUCCUUAAGGUCCCUUCCAACUCUGCAAUUCUAUGAUACCAAUAAUCCCCCUCCCACAAGCACAUUUAAAAGGGCGUAGAUUUAUUAAUCAGCUAAAGGCCUGGUUGAAGAGGAAUGUACCUAAAGGUACGUAAUGAAGGUGCCAGAUUAACCUCCCUGGGGACAGCAUUCCACAAACAGGGAGCCACCACAGAGAAGGCCCCGUUCUCAUGUUGCCGUCCCCCAGAUCUGUCAUGGAGGAGACACACAAAGAAGGGCCUCAAAUGGUCAAAGCCAGCAUUUUGGCUGCCUUUCUGCACCAAAUUAGGGACACGGGUGGGUCUGUGGGUUAAACCACAGAGCCUAGGACUUGCCGAUCAGAAGGUCGGCAGUUCGAAUCCCCGCGACAGGGUGAGCUCCCGUUGCUCGGUCCCUGCUCCUGCCCACCUAGCAGUUCGAAAGCACGUCAAAGUAGAUAAAUAGGUACUGCUCCGGUGGGAAGGUAAACAGCGUUUCCGUGUGCUGGUUCGCCAGAAGCGGCUUAGUCCUGCUGGCCACAUGACCCGGAAGCUGCACGCCGACUCCCUCGGCCAAUAAAGUGAGAUGAGCACCGCAACCCCAGAGUUGUCCGCGACUGGACCUAACGCUCAGGGGUCCCUUUACCUUUACCUGCACCAAAUGUAAAAGAUCACAGCAGGGUGGGUUUGCAGUGAUGUGUGAGGACAUCACGGAGGCUUUAAGCCUGCCUGUCUUCCUCAGUGGGGAGCCGUGUUGUGUUGGGGGACUCGGACAGCCUCUGCUGUACGGUCCGAGCACGGAAUGGAGCGGACUGCAGGGGCCGUCUGCUGUGGCCGGCUGAGGCUCCCCCUGCCAGACCUAGCUGCUCCCCUGUGGGCUGAGACGAGUCGCUGAGCUGGGUCUGACGGGAGGCAGCCUGAGCACAGCCUCGUCUGGGUUUUCUGACAGGAGCCAGACUGA